GUUCCUGCCGUCUUGGCUUUCCCUCACUGUCCAUCCGCCUUCGACCAUCACUCUUGGUCUUGAAUUUAUGCACCGUAUCCGUUCGUGGGCGAAAGCUCACGCAUCUAUCUCCCCCAACUCCCAGUCCCAGGGCGCCUCCCUAGAAUCUACCGAACGCCCCGAUGAUCCCGAUAUACGUACCCAAAAUGAUCAAGUGAAUAAACCAGCUGGUGACCCGGUUACGGGCUCACCGACCGAUGACAACUCUCAGAAGAAGGGACUCGUCCCUCGUAUGAAAAAUGGCAGCAUCCGGUUCUUUCGCCACACGAAGACGGCAAUCUGCCACAGCUGGGUCAACGUGCUCCUGGUCUUUGUGCCGGUCGGCAUUGCCGCUGAGGCUGCUGGACUCAAUCCAUCGGUGAUUUUCGCCAUGAAUGCGGUGGCUAUUAUUCCUCUGGCUGGACUUCUGAGUCACGCUACUGAGUGUGUCGCCAGCCGAAUGGGCGACGCUAUUGGAGCCUUGCUCAAUGUCACCUUUGGCAACGCAGUCGAACUGAUCAUCUUCAUUAUUGCCCUCGUUAAGAAUGAAAUUCGCAUCGUUCAGGCAUCUUUGCUAGGCUCUAUCCUGGCUAAUCUUCUAUUGAUUCUUGGAAUGGCAUUUCUCCUUGGAGGUCUCCGUUUCCAGGAACAAAUCUACAACAGCACUGUGACCCAGAUGAGCGCUUGUCUGCUCAGUUUGGCCGUCACCAGUUUGCUGCUACCGACUGCUUUUCAUGCCUCAUUUAAAGACUCGGAUGUUGCUAUGGACAAGACCCUCAAAGUUUCCCGAGGUACCAGUGUCGUCCUGCUCCUCGUUUACGUCCUCUACAUCGUCUUCCAGCUGAAAUCGCAUGCUUAUCUUUACGCCAGUAUUCCUCAGCAGAUCAUUGAUGAAGAAUCUCACCCAGGUGUGUUGGCCGAUCUCAUGGAUUCGUCAUCAGACUCGUCAAGCAGUUCAUCUUCGGAUGAGUCAGACGAUACGACGACCUCCUGGACAACGGCAAAGCGUAUUAAGCGUGCCAUGAAAUACAGAAGAUAUCGAAAGGCUAGCACCAGUUCGCGGGGCACAAACUCCCCGGAACUGACGCAAAAGUCGUCCGUUAUCGAUGUCUCGUCUUUACCGCCGCGACAAUCGAGUGCUACUAGUGCCUCGAGUGAGGAACGGCGCGACGAGACUGGUUCAUAUAUUGCCGCGGUAGAGCAAGGCCAGGAAAAGAACGGACCUCGAUCAAGGGAUUUUGGCGAUGAUGGCCUAAACGUGGACGCCAUCACAAUCGCCAGUCGAUCUGAGGGCCCUCAAUCGAGGGAUUUCGGCCAAACGCCUAGCAUCCACCUCGCCGAGAAAGGCCGCAGAGGAACAAAGCGUGAACGUAAGAAAAAGAGAAAGGCUGCCAAGGAGGAAGCAAAGCAGUCCACUGCUCCAGAAUUGGCUCAGCCAGCCGCCAACCCCCGUGUUUCCGCUUUAUCUGUUGGACAAGGUGAGAGUGCCGAUAUUCCGCGCAAGUGGUCCCCUUUCCGCCCGAGUCUCCCGUCUCUAUUGUCGAACACUGUAUUUGCCACUCCACCCCCUACCACGUCAAAUGACCCUUGGGGCAACUUCAACGGCUUGCGUCGUACGCACUCUCUGCCUUCGCUCAGCCAACGUCCUCCCCAACGUGUACAACGCCCACCUCCAGUUGGCAAUGCUGUCCAGUUCGCCAGAGUGGCUGCACGCAUGCCGCCUGCAGGAAGCCCCACCAGUAAACAGCAGCCUCAGGAACAUGAAGAGCCGGGAAUGUCUCGCACUGCCGCGGUUGUCAUGUUGCUUCUUUCCACAGGACUUGUGGCAGUUUGUGCUGAAUUCCUUGUCGACGCCAUCCCGGCGAUGGUUGAAAGCUCUCACGUCAGUGAAGCCUUCAUUGGUCUGAUUAUACUACCCAUCGUUGGUAAUGCUGCAGAGCACGUAACUGCUGUGACUGUCGCUACGAAAAAUAAGAUGGAUCUCUCCAUCGGCGUAUCUGUCGGUAGUAGUAUUCAAAUCGCAAUCUUUGUGACACCCCUGGUUGUGAUUCUCGGCUGGAUCAUGGACAAAGAAAUGACUCUGUACUUCACCCUCUUUGAGACGAUUUCACUCUUCGUGACCUGUUUCGUCGUCAACUUUCUUGUCCUCGACGGCCGAAGCAACUACCUUGAAGGAGCUCUCCUUUGUGCCGCGUACGUGAUCAUCGCUGUUGCGGCCUUCUUCUACCCGGAUAACGACCAGUCCAGCGCACUUGGGCAGGCAGGUUCCGCGAGCUAGACGAAAUGAUGGGUAUUGCGGUGAACGUGAAUGAUCGUUCGGCUUGGCUGCACUGAAGUCCCAUCCGCACAGCGAUCAUCCCUGACCAAAACUUCUUCGCUUUCGAUGCAUUGCGACAAUGGAUACAAAAUAACCAGAUUGUCAAUUUCUUUACCUGUCAAGUGCGUCAUCAAUCUCAAUAGUUCUAUAUCUACACAUGAAUAAAUCAUAACCUUAUCA